CUAAGCCUUACAUGAAUCAUUCAUUCAUUCAUUCCUAAUACAUAGCCACAUCUAUUGCAUGCUCUUCCUCAUCUCCUUCUUAUUCUCCCUUUUCCAUCACCUCAAAAUCUCUCAACACCAAACCAAACUCUCACACAAAACAUAACAACAACAACAACCUUAGCCUACACAAAAAACAUCUUUUCUUUUCAUUCUAAUAUUUUCUCCAUGGCUGUUGAAGCUAGCUACAUGAAUCUCUUGCCUUCUCAUUUACUCACAAAUAGGGAAAUAAUAAAAUCAAAUCAACAUCAUUAUCAACAACAAGAACAAGUGUUGAACUCUGAAAUAUACAAUGUUCAAAUGGAUUCUACUCUGCCUCUUCCAACAACAAUGCAUGAAUCUCUCAUACCAUUUUACCAAUCAAAUGUUUGUGAUCCAAACAAAGCUGAUAGUGGACUCACUUACAAUAUACCUCUUCAAAGAAAACGUUCUAGAGAUUUUUCCAAUGAAUUAGUCUCUCUACCACCAAAUCAAAAGAACAAAGUUAUCUCCUCUGAAUCAUCAUCAUCAUCAUUUCUUGAUCAAGUUGUCUACCAAUUUCAAAAUCAACAAUCUGAUAUUGAUCGCAUCCUUGCUCAUCAUACAGAAAAAGUGAGAAUGGAGUUAGAACAACACAAAAUGAGGCAAACAAGGAUGUUAGCAUGCGUAAUCCAAGAAACAAUAGCAAAGAAAUUGAAAGAAAAAGAUGAAGAGAUUCAAAGAAUAGGAAAGCUAAAUUGGGCACUUCAAGAAAGGGUCAAAAGUUUAAGUGCUGAAAAUCAAGUUUGGAGAGAGCUAGCACAAACAAAUGAAACCACUGCCAAUUACCUACGUAACAAUUUGGAACAAGUCAUGGCACAUGUCAAAGAGGGUUUUAACCACGCGGCGGCCGAGGAAGACACCGAAUCGAGUUGCGGGAGCAAUGGUCCGGCCGAAAAUGCCAGAGACACUGCUCUAAUGGUCGAUGGUGGUCGAAGUGGUAGUAGUUUGGUUAGGAUGUGUAAGAAUUGUGGGGUGAGAGAAUCAAGUGUGUUGGUAUUACCAUGUAGACAUUUGUGUCUAUGCAAUGUGUGUGGGUCCACUGUUCGUAAAUGUCCAGUGUGUGAUUGUGGCAUGGAUGCUAGUGUGCAUGUUAAUCUCUCUUAGGUAAAUUUUUUUUUUACUUUAGACAAGAAAAAUAGUUUUAGUUUUUUUGAA